UUCAAGUUGUUCCCUCUCCCGCUUCAUGGGCAAGGCCUACCCACCUACACCUUUCUCGCCAGUCGACCUGGUGCAGCAGAUUUGUGCUGCGAAUGAGCUCAGAAGACAUGCUCUAGGUUGUGGGUUGCCUGAGCUGGGCGGAACCGGGUAGUGAGGCCAGAACCCCUCAGAUCAUCCUAUUGUUCUCGUCGCCCUGUACAAUAGCUCUCGGGCGCGGCCGUCUUCCUCGCCUCGCCAACACUCACGACUCAUUCGACGAUUCAAGACGCAAUACCUCUACUAACUACACAACGCUAUGGUCAAUCAGUUACUGCUCGUGGUGCUGAGCGCACCGCUCGUGUACCUACUCUACCUCAUCUUCAUCCAGCCGCGGUACAACCCUCUCAGGAACCUACCCGGUCCUCCGAGUAAAGGGCUUUUCAGAGAUCAGCUGGGAAUGGUUAUGAAUCCGUCCGUCUCCCCCAGAACCCACGAGCACUUUGUCAAGACAUACGGCCGCAACGUCAUGAUCCGGGGUAUUCUUCCAUGGGACCUACGUCUUUUCACCCUCGACCCGCUCACGCUCGCACACGUCAUGAAACAUUCACACAUCUACGAGAAGCCGUGGCAGUCGCGGCGCCUCAUCACGGGCCUCAUCGGCUGCGGCAUGCUCGCCGCAGAGGGCGCUGUGCACAAGCGGCAGAGACGCGUCGCGACGCCCGCGUUCUCAGUGCAGAACAUGCGCGAGCUCGUCCCGCUAGUGUUCGCGAAGGGGGACGAGCUGAAGGAGAAGUGGUUGGAGAUGGUUAGGGAGGCUGAGAAGGAGACGGAGGAGACGGGAGGCUUAAAGCUGGAUGUGUGCCAUUGGGUCAGUCGCGCAACGUUCGAUGUCAUCGGGUCUGCUGGCUUCGACUACCAGUUCAACGCGAUUCAAAAUGAGACGAAUGAACUAUUCAGCGCAUACAAGGAGAUGUUUGAGGUCGCCGUAUCUCAGCAGUCAGGCGCGCUGUGGGGCUUGGCUGUUAUAUACCUCCCGAUACUAGAGACACUUUUCCUCCUUGCCAUCACCUGGAUGCUCUACCUCAUGGCGCGCUACCCCGACGUCCAGGCGCGCCUCCGCGCCGAGCUCCUCUCCCUCCUCCCGCCCACGCCGCUCUCCGCGCUGACCCCCGACGAGGUGUCAAGGCUCUACGCGGGGAUCGCGGAGCUGAAGUUCCUGGAGAACGUCAUACGCGAGGCGAUGCGCCUCAUCCCGCCCGUGCACUCCUCGGCGCGUGUGGCGACGCGCGACGACGUUCUCCCAGCGGCGACCCCUGUACGGACGCGUAUGCCGGAUGGGAGCACACAGGAGGUGAAGGAGGUCCGGGUACCGAAGGGCGCGUUCAUACACGUCCCCGUGGAGGGCUUCAAUCUGGACAGGGAAGUCUGGGGCCCGGACGGCUGGGCAUUCAAGCCUGACCGGUGGGAUAACCUGCCAGAAGCCGUAGUCUCCCAGCCUGGGCUGUAUAACAACACGCUCACGUUCUCCGCUGGGCCUCGGGCGUGCAUCGGGCUGCGCUUCUCGAUCAUCGAGAUCAAGACCUUCCUGUUCAUCCUCCUCACACACUUCACCUUCGCGGAAUCGGACGAGAAGGUCGGCAAGGCCAACGUUGUACUGACGCGGCCGUAUGUCAUCGGCAAACACAUGGCGGGAAGCCAGUGUCCUCUGCUUGUCACGCCGUAUGUGCCGGAAGGGGCCCAGUAUUCUUGACUGGCUAGGUCCAGAUGUCUGGAUAUGCUUGCAGCAUCUGUUCGUCACGGUGUAUUUAAAUUUAAAUUUUUAUCACCCCUACCCUCA